CAGAUUUUGGAGGGGAAAAUUGAAAAUAAGCUCAAAUUCAAUUUGGUCCAAAACCCAGCAAAAACCCACCUCACCGCAGAAAGCAUCGUUGUGAACUGAACGUUGACAGAAUGGCUUCAGCGAUACUACGUCGUCUGGCGAACUCGAGGCCUUCUUCCUUCAUGGCCGCUCGGUCUUCUUUCCUGUCGCCGUCGCGAAACGAAACCCUGUUGCUCUCCUCCGCCGCUGCAACGGUGUCGUUUUCCACUCUGUUCCUCUCCGGCGUGGGGCACAUGCCUCUUUUCAGUUCCCUAACUGCUCCUCUCGUUUCUUCGGUUUCUCCAUCCACCCUACAUUUCAAUCGUAUUCGAAAUUUCUCUACUGAUUCCUCAGGUGGAUCAAAUCUUAUCUCAAUUGAGACUGAAGAGCAGUUUCGUGAUUCACUUCGCAAGGCACAAGACGAGGCAUUGCCGGCUAUGUUUUAUUUCACUGCUGCCUGGUGUGGACCUUGUAGGUUACUAGCUCCUAUUAUCAGCCAACUGAGUGCAAAAUAUCCUCAUGUCACAACCUAUAAAAUUGACAUUGAUAAGGAGGCUCUUGGUACAGCACUAUCCGAAUCAAAUGUUGAAGCAGUGCCUACAAUACAUUUCUUUCAGAACGGGAAAAAGGCCUCCACGGUUGUAGGUGCUGAUGUGGAAAAGUUGAGAUCUACCAUGGAAAACUUGUACAAAUGAUUUCAAGUCUAUCUGCCGCACUUGGUAGCUGUUGCGGUUUCCUUUUUUCCUCAUUGAUCGUAGUUGGCGUAAAAUAGUUGUUGUGAAUUAGUUGAUUUUUCAAAUUCUGUGUGCAAAUAACUAUUGUUGUGUGAUCGGUGAUUUUCUCUCAUUUUAGAGUUGAAGUGUCUUUUUGUGCUGAAAUAUAUAUCAAUCAGUGAUACUGUGAUAGUCUUAAGUCUUUACCAAAAAAGGCAACAAAUUGUUGAGAUACUAUCUAUCAUCCAUGAAAAAUAGUGCACAUUGUAUUUUCAUAUUUGUACCAGUUUUAAUACAAAUUUGAAAAUUCAACGUGAACUUUUUUUUUUUUUCUGGGCCCGAGAAGGUAGUGAAAGAAUAAUGGAACAAAUGGUCUUGACGUUAUUUUCAUAUCUCUUUGGCCAUUUCCUUUUUAUUAAUCUCGAAUCCUCUUCAAAUUUGUUUUAACAGUUUUGGUAGUUUGGUGAAGAAUUAGGCUCCCGUGCUCAGUUCAAUAACAAUUCAAAUUCCACAUCCAACCAGCUUGCUAGGUGAAUCCAUCAAUGAAGUCAUUUCCUUUCUCAUCUAGGGCUGGAUUAGCACUUUUUGUCGGCUCCAAAUCAGACAAACACAAUAUUGACAAUGGAGAUCCACAAAAGUCCAUUGUUCCUCAAGUAAUGAAAUACUGUCAAAUGUAUCAACUUGGUGCGUCGAUGUAUGUGCCCGGGGAAAGUUUUUAGAGGUUUAAAACUGAGAUAUGUCAAUGUUGUUAGUUGUUGCGGUAUCUCUCCUUUGAGUUGGUUUGAGGAUAGGUCUGAGGAUCUGGAGAAGAUGAGUCUUUGAAAGAUUGUGGGAUUUGGCCUUCAAACUUAUUAUGAGAAAGGUUUAAUCCUUGAAUUGAACGGAGAAUUCCAAUGACAUCUAGAAUGACCCUUUCAAAUUUGUUGCUAGAGAUAUCUAUGAUUGUAUAUAUGGAAAAAAGAACAGCCAGAAUAUCUCCAGUCCUUUUCGUUAUCACCAGAAGUGAAUCUUGAUCGUAAACCCCUAGGUCACUGAAUAUCAAUCUCUAUGACGGGUUCAUGAUCAUCAUACCUGUAAGCUGAGCGAAAAUUCUUCGGGUAGGAAACCUAUGAAUUCAGUACGAGAAAGAUCUAGGAUUUCUUAAUGCGGCGAUGAUACUCCUGUUUUUGAACUGCAUUUACUCCUGUUUUUGAACUCCUUAAAAGCUUAGAAGUUAGAAGCUGCAACUUUUGAAGAGUUUUCAACCACUAUGGAGAUGUACCGUUUAAAUUGUUGUUUCCAACAUCGAUCACUUGCAAUUCUUUGCAAUUUGACAAUGAUUGAGGGACUGUUCCUUCUAACUUUUUGUCAUGCAAAUUGAGCCUUGAGGCUUCUUAGUUUGCUUCCCAGUUCAAAACUUGAUGGAAUUUUAAGUUUGCUUCCCAGGAACAGACCCCCAAAAAAGUAGCAGCAUCCGAGGUCCAAAUGAUACAAAGAUUUUCAGUUUUCAAAAGAUUUGGGUAGUUCACCGAAGAAUUCAGUAUUAGACUAUGUCAAGUGCACUGCUACUGUUCACUCAGAGUCGAAUAAAAUUUCCGGUGAGGUUACGGUUGUUGUUGAAUAGUUGAAGAGUUUGGAAGUUUUGAACUUGAAUGUGUCACUCGUAAGUUCUUCGAACAAGUUUGUGUUACCAAGAUUCACAACUUUCAAGGAAACACAUAACAGGGCAAAAAAUAAAGUGAUUUCAGUACCUUCAAAUGAAAUUAUUUCUUAUUGAGUUUUGGAGUAGUUUAAAAACAUGGGGUUGAAUUAUAUGUCGAGGUUGGCUUACAAAGUCGGUGAAAGGUGAUGAGAGAUCAAGGAAGAUUAAAGUAAACAAAGGACAAAGUGAAGUUAUUGGAGGCAAGGUUACGAAGGUGAGAUAGUUGGAAGACCAGGCUGUCGGAUUCUAUCACCCUUUGAGGACGGCUGCAACUAAGAUCAAGGCCGAUAACUUCACCACUCAACUCAUCGCGAUGCAAUAGUCCGCGCUCGUGUUCCAAGAUGCAGUAUUGGGGUGGCCAAGGAAAUUGCAACAAACAGAAGCUCUGUCAUCGAGUUUCGUGCUUUUUUUUUCCAACUGCAACAAGAGAAGUUUAUGCACAAAAUGGGGUGUAGUACCUGAAAUGGAAACUUCACAGAGUCAUUCCAUUGGUUUGUUAAUAUAUCUUAGAGGCGAAUGAGAAAACAUAAGUACUUAAUGACUUGAGGGAUGUAGCUGUUUGAUGCCCUGUCUUCUACUGAUUAGUUUGGAUCUUAAUUGGCCAAAAGAAUUCAUUAUCAGUAGUCUGAAUGCAUGACUUUUGAGGUUAUCGUCAGUCAACCAAACGGAGUGUUUUGAUGUUGUAAGUAAGAAGGAAAAUGGGAAAGAAUGUAAACGCAGAGAAGAAAUGAUAUGUUUCAGCAUUGGAUUAAUUGGC